CACAGGCAGAAGGCAGCCUGUGCUUGCGUGGUGGCUCGCGACAACAAGAACACGGACUGCAAGAACUGCUUUGAGGCGGCGCUGAACAUGACGGGAUCUAUCCCGUCAAAAUUGACCGACGAAGCCUCGGGGAUCGGGAAAUGCAUCCAGGACCGACUCCCCCAAAAUUUCGACUACUGCCGCCGGAUCCUCAACGGCGAGGUGGCGAUGCCAAACGGGACGAACAUGUGGGGCGGGCGGGGACGCAUGAUGUCGGGCAUGAUGCCUGGCAUGACGUCGAUGCUGGGCCUGUCGGACGCCGACCAGAAGAUCAUGCAGCGAAUCAUGCAGGCCAUGAUAUGCCUGAAAGUGACCGGCAGGUCCACCCUCGACGCCCAAUGUCGUCAGCAGAGCGGAGUGUCGAACGAUCCGACCUUCGACAAGAUCAACACAGCCCACCAAUGCGUUCACGACAGGCGCGACAAAGCCUAUAUGGCAAUGUACCCCCAAGUGACUCCCACAGUCAAAAGCUUCGCGCAGGGGGACGAUGUCGACCCGGACGAGGAAUCGGACGCCGGGGUUGAAAACGCGUACGAGAAGUUGAUGGGGAUGAUCCAUGGCGCCUAGUACUGCUCCUAGUUGUCCAACUAGUCGACCGUGUAUCUAGUGAUGUGCCUAGUGGUCUGCCAAGUACUCCAU